UAAAUCCCUAUGUCUACUUGUUAAUAAAUAGUACUGUAUAUGGACAGUAACAAAAACGCCGAUGGAAUUAAAAAACUUCAUCGAGUAACCCCAAGUUGUUGGCAAUUUCGAAGGAAAACAUUAAAUUUUGAUGAGAUGCGAAUAAAAAAUUCUUACAUGCCGUACAUUUAUAGCUGGUGCGAACUGAAAACUAAGCUGAGCCUUCAAGUAUACUUGAAAUAAAUAUGUACACAAGAAAUCUCGCAUUACAACGCAAGACUCAUAUCGCCUUGCAAGACUCACAUCGCCUUGUAAUACGAUAAGAUAAUUUCACAAAAUGCAGUAUGUAUAUCAAAAAGCCAAAAAGUCACCAUACGUGUUAAAAAUGUCGUACAGUCUGUUCAAUUAGGUUGUGUGUCAUAUGCCGUUGUUUAGUCGCCUCUUACGACACGCAGUGUCUUCUGCGGUAGGGUUAUUCUUUACCGACCCUACACGGGUAAAAGGAAUGUCCAAAAGAUAGAAUUACAAAAUUAUCACAAUAAAGGCCAAUUCCACCACCUAUUAAAAUUAAACGGACAUUUAAAUGGUUCCAUUCACCAUGGAAGGUUACAUGUUUCUUAAAUUUACCAGAAACCACUAGACGCACCUAUCUGGAAUGUCAAAACUUCUAAGGGUAAAGAAUAGCCAGAAGAUGAUACAACAACAAUCUAUUUACCAUUCGUGUACAUAAGGGAUAAUAAGGUUUUCGCUGCACCCUGGCCAACACGCAUACUCCAAGAUGAGAUGCUAUCACCACUAAGUAAGUUUUUAACGCCUACUCAAUGGUGAAAUAGUAAUGGCGGCGGCAUUUUAUUAAUUUUCAUUUCGGAUUCUGCGAUGUCGGCUUAUUCUUACCAAGCUGUUCUUAAUUUGCAGUGUUGCAGAAGUAACUUAACACGACCUAUUUCCAGCGUGUAAUUCAAAACCAAAGCCAGACAACGAGAAAUCAAACCCAAUUUAGAAAAAAUAAUUCAUUGGCAAACGUGGGAGAAAUGACUUAUUAAUAAACAACUAUAACAUUUAUUAUGUGUACAAUUGUGCAAGUCACUGAACGAAUGAGCUCAAACGCGCAUAACAAGAGAGAGCAAACUUCCAAGUCACUACAAAAUUAAAUGCUCGCUCGCAACUCGAAAACUGUGAUAUUGCAUAAUGUCCUUUUUUUUAUUUGAAUAAAGGUCGAAGUAAAGAAUACCGUAACUCUCUGGUAGAACGUCUGAAACCUUAAAAGAAAAAAUGGACAAACAUAAAAUAUAUAAUUCAAUGGUAAUUGUUUACAAAACGCCGGCCGUGUCGCCAUAUAACUCUUCAGAAUACAAAUUCUACCUUAAAAUGGUUCCGGUAUCAGGUGAAAAGAGUCUUAUAAAAUUUUUUUUUAGGAAUUCCGGUAAAAAUUUUGGUAAAAUGAAGACUAACAUUGAAUCUACACCGCAGCAAUUUCGAGUUUAUAAUUUUUGAGUAUGUUACAAAUUAAACGAAUGAUCUUCAUAUGUUUACUUGUAGCUCUAUAAAAUAUAUGGAGGGUAUUAUUAAAUUAACGACAUCAACGUGAUAGUGUCUUUAAAGGCGAAAUACAAUUAUUACUUUAAAGGUAAUCCACUGCCACGCCGUUAACAAGAUGGCAACACCUUUGAAUUUUGAAUCUACGGCAACAUCAUUGGCCACAAAAAUACAUGAACCGAAUUACCUACAAGUAAAACUACUAAAACUACUAAAAGCCCUUUAUCUACAGUUGGUUACCUGCUAUGUCAAAAACAUGAUGUUCAUUAAAUUGUAGGUAGCCAAACUAAAUUAACGCAGUUAAAGUAGGCCCCUAAUAAAAAAAAUUAGCAGGCACCAAUUGAUAAGAAAGUUAAUCCAAGUGAAAUAGUUAAACUAAACGUCUUUAAAUGGUUUUCCGAUGCGAUCUUGAAAUUCUGCACCUGAAAACGAAUACCUACCGAUUCAGCGAAAUUCGACCUAUUCUGUACACGUACAACCCCAUUACACCCAAUUGGUUUCUAUUUCCGCUUCUACUUAUAUAAAGGUACUACUCUAACAUUGUUAAGAGUAGUUUUUGCGAUACGGUCGUCAUGGCACCACUGCGAUACCUAGGAGUAAUAACGAUUAUCCUAGGGGUGACGUACGCGCAACCCUCCGCAGUUGAAGUUUUCCAAGACAUCUAUCACACGUGUCUCUCCAGUUUUUCGUUUAGCUGUGUUAAACCGAAAUCGUUGAGUUGGUUGACUAAAGUGUCGGGUGAGUCUGUGAUAAAGAUAACGGAUGAUUUACAAAUUGUCAAAAAGGACGAUCCAGAUCGAGAUGAGGUAGGAAGAAGUGGAGCCAGAGAUGUCUUUGAUAUCUUCGAAGAUUUUAUUCAAUCGCAUCGAUUGGUAGCGAAAGUGCCACAGAUACUGCGAAUGGAUGGUCCUUUGGGAAGCUUACUGCCGCGCGCUUUUAAACCUGAAGAUCUUUCAGUGCCUCUUGCUAGCACAGGGCGAUCAAAGACGGUAAAGAAAAUUAUCGUCCCGUUCCUUUUGGGAUUGAAGUUUAAAACGGCCGUCCUCGUUCCGUUAGCGUUGGCCUUAAUUGCGCUCAAGACUUGGAAAGCGCUCACGCUUGGCCUACUCUCCUUAGUCUUAACAGGAACUUUAUUAAUUUUCAAAUUACUGUCGCAUGGAAAGGUAACCACCUACGAAGUAGUGCACUUUCCGCAUCAUCAUCACGUGGACCAUCACCAUCUCGAGCAUCAUCCUCCUCCACCGGGAUGGGAUCAUCCGGGUUAUGGAAGAGAAUUCAAUGGACAAGACUUGGCGUAUAGCGGUUACACAAAUCAGAAUUGA